UUACCUCCCCCCCCCUCUUCACUCUGGCAAUUACCGCUGUUUUUAGUGAAUGAAACGUGAAUGCAAUGAUUUCAUCGGUGAUAUUUCGAGCAAAAGUUUAUGUUAAGUUAAUUUAAAACACAUGGAAAAAAAAUGGAAACACUGAUUUGCAUGUUCAGGGAGUAGUGAGAUUUCACAUAUGAAACAUAGCUCUGAAAAAUCGACGAAAACUAUUCGGCGCGGGGCCAAACGACUCUGUGCAACAAAAAUCCGCCGUCAAUGACAUGAAUCGAAUGUUUUUCAUCAAUUACCUCUUCUGAUGGGCUUAACCCACCGUAAAGUGAAGAUUUUGUGUUUUUACGCAUGCCCUCUUCUGUGAGAAGAGACAGCGGGAACGGUGACAGCUCAUAUGACAAAAACGUUGCAAGUUCCUCAUCCGACUUUUUAGCAAUGCAAAUUCUUCGGUAAAUCAAAUGAGGAUCGACAGGAAUAAUAUCAUCUUGAAAAUAUACGGCUGACUUGGCUCCUUGGCUCCUGGCUUCGAAUCAGCUCUGGUGGUGGGUGAAGACAUAGAUUUGCUGGUGUUGCUAAUUGCGCAUAGCAAAGAGGUACCAAAUGUAUUUUUCAUGAAGACAGCUAGGGGUAAUAAGCCCCAAGUCUUGUACAACCGAGAAAGUGUUGGCGAUUAAAUAAUUUCGGAUAAUAUUCGUUUAAUUCACGCUUUCACUGGGAGUGAUACUACCUCGGGAAUUUUUAAUCAAGGAAAAGUCAAAUUAUUGAAUAUUUUAAAAAAAAAUCACGAUUUAAUCAAAUCUGCAGAGGAAUUUAAUGACUCGAAAUCAACACGUGAAAUCAUUUCUGCUGCAGGCCAGAGGUUGUUUCUUGCACUUUACGGCCAGAAAGACAUUGAGAAAGUUUCUCUAAAUAGGUACAGAUACGGCUGCUUUAUAAAAUAUUCAUUUCAAAAUAAACAGAAUCUUGGGUCUUUGCAGCAGGCUGCAGCAGAGCAUGCAUUCCAAACUUAUUUGCAGGUCCAGGAGUGGCAGGGUGAGAAAAAGGAUCCCUGCAAUUGGGGCUGGAAAGCCACCAAAAAUGGGCUAACGCCUAUAACAACUUUGGAUCCACCAGCUCCCGAAAAUAUUUUAAAGCUAAUUGCCUGCAAGUGCAAGAAAGGUUGCCGCAAGACUUGUGGGUGCCGUAAAAAUGGCUUACGAUGCACCAUUCUCUGUCAGAUGUGCAAUCAAUCCUGCGAUAAUUUUCAAAUGGAAGAUACCCUACAAGGAGAGGAAGAGGAAGGGGACGUCGAUGAACCGGAAAUUAUGACAUUCUUAGAUGAUAAUCAGGAUUGUGAAUCUGGCUCAUCUACGCCAUCAACGCCAGUACCUGGUCAAAAAUCUGAAACAGACAGUGAGUAUGACGAAAGUAACAUGGAAAUUGAAGAACCAGCGACAAGGGUACUGCGCUCAAGCAAAGCAGUGCAACGUAUUGAUUCGGAAACAUCCAAUCAAAAAAACAAGAACUCAGAUGAGUCAGAUGUGCCACAAACUGAUCUAACGAAAAUUCCGGGACCAUCUACAAUGCGCUGUAGA